UGUAGAUAGAAACAGUCCUGUUCCCCGCGUGCGACCAGAGGACUGAACUUGGUUCUCGACCGCGGGCUAUGGUGGCGGUCGCUCUAGUGCUGGUGCUGUGGGCCGCUGCCCAGACGGACUUGGCGGUUCAGAAGCUCACCAUGAAGGGUCCUCAGCUGCCCGGCAUCGGCGAUGGGGACUUCAUCCAGAGAUGUGUCGACACGCACAACCGGUACCGUUCCGCCGUGACUCCGUCUGCAAGUGACAUGCUGUACAUGACGUGGGAUGACGCCUUGGCAAAGACUGCCGCAGUUUGGGCGAGGAAUUGCCGAUUUUCCCACAAUCCCCAGCUAAAGAUACCAUUCAAGCUGCAUCACGGUUUUCCUACAUUGGGAGAAAACAUCUGGGUGGCAACUUCCUAUACCAUCUUCACAGUCGAGAGAGCCAUAAAGGAGUGGAAUGAUGAGGUGACAUUCUACAAGUACCAUGAAAACAGCUGCUCCAAUGUAUGUGGACACUACACUCAGAUCGUGUGGGCUAAGAGCUACAAAGUGGGCUGUGCAGUGCAGAUCUGCUCUCGAGGAGUUUCGGGCUUUUCUAACGAACCCACAGCUGCCAUUUUCGUGUGCAACUACGGAGACGCAGGGAACCUUAGAGGAGUUCGGCCGUACCAAGCAGGAACACCUUGCAGCAAAUGCAACGGCACGCAGUGUCAGCUCAACAUGUGCAGUGAUCCUCAACGAGACGGUGUGAAAAGCAACCAGUUCUGGGUCAGUGUGCUGGUCAUCCGGCCGGUGCUGCUCCUGCUCACGUUGCUGGGGGCGUUCGGGGUUCAGCAGAUCUACCCGACCAUCUUUGCGUAUGAGUGAUGGUAACAGCAGGGGGCGCCAUGGUUAGGCUGCCCUACGCGUGACGGCAGGGCGACUGGCGCUCAAGGCUGCACACCUAGGAAGGUACUGCGUUAAAGCAACAAAGCGCCGAACUCGAAAAGUACGUUGAGGAAGAAUACUGAGAGGGGUACCGUGUUCGACGUGUUAAUGUACCACGAUGCCCUUUCAGGGGGAGCUCCUGUCUGUCAGCGGCUCUGCUGUGUUUCAGAGCGCUUCCCGCACCCGUGAUCCCAGCGAACCGACCCUGUGCCCCCCCAUCCCUAAUUUCUUCACUGCAACUCUUCUUAUGACGCUGUCACUCGCGGCAUCUUGACGUUCACACAUCCCUCUUUUUAAACCACUCUUUACUUUCCCCGCAAAGAAGUCUGAGGCCCAAACAAGCCCGCACGUUCUGAUCUCGCAUCUCAAUAAAUGUGUGUUGCGCUGUCCCGCGUGUGU